AUGUUCAUAACAGUGAAGUACGGAGGUAAGGUUUGCAUUUUGUCUUGAGUCUUGUGUUAUGAAUUGUUAUUGACUACGCCAGUUAGAAACGCAAGUAAAGUUAUUUCUCGUCGACAACUGCGUUUUUGAGUAUAGUCGUAGUUUGAUGCCUGGUAACGAUAAAUAGGUUGGUUUCCUUGUCGGUUGUACAGAGAGAGGUCUUGAGAUUGCGGGACGUUCCCGCGUUAUUUCUGUGAACUAUUUGAGCAUGCAUUCAAUAUAUUGUCGUAAAGACAGUCGAAAUUCCUUUACUAAUUAAGCGGAAUGGCGGAUUCGAAGCUUAAUAAUCGGAUAAGUUAAUCAACGUACUACGAUUGAUUAACCGGAAUAAACUUCAAUUUAGGAAGCAUUUUGAAACCGGAUCUCUUACGGGGACCCUGAGACACCCACAACUUGAAGGUUUCCUAACUUCAAGUGAUAACUUCAAGUGAUACAACUGGAGCAGAUGGCCUAUACAGCAUUGUCUAUAUAGUGUCGGUGGCUGUACAUGUAUUUAUGGAUUAACAACAGUUUUAUGCGACUUUCCCACAAAAAUAAACUAUACCCUUUAGACAAUUCGAUGGCAGUAAGAGUUGGUCUUACUCCUCGGCGACUAGAUGGCAAGGUACUCGUAGGAUCUGUAUGUGGAUGAGAAUUACAUUCUUAGGUUGAUCGAUACAUUUUCUUACUGUUUAUUGUUUACUUAAUCUAGAUCACGAAGAGGCCCUUUUCAAUCCUAAUUGCCGCAUUCUUCAUUUGUUAGAAGACAUUAGAAGGCGAUGCAACUGUCCAGAAAACGGUUUGUUUUCUCAUUAUUGGUUAGCGUACGCGAAGAGAGUUCGAGUCUGAACAGUUUUUUUUCAACUUAGCGUGCGUCAACUUCUUUAUAAUGGUGUUUUUACAAUAGUUUUCCUUCCAUUUUUUUUUCUUUGUAUAGCUGUUAUCGACUUGUCGGAUCUGCGAGGCGCGGUCAAAAAUCUCACUGAUCACCAGUCUUCCAACGCCAGUGAAUUCCUCAACGAAAGGGAAACAUUUAUACUGGUGCGAGUUGAAAGUAAGACAUGUAUUUUCGAAUUUGAUCUAGAAAAUGUUUACAUUUCUUGAGUGAUUAUUCAGUAAGAUUACUAUAAUCUUGAGGAAACUGUGUUCAUUAGCUUUAUCAUUUUGAAUAGUGCAUCUUUUUUACUCGUUCCUGAUAUUUUUUUUUAGCCAAAUGUUAGUACUGACCAGUCAACAAAGUUUAUGUCAGCAGUAGUAUUAUAUUCAUACAAAAAGCAAAGGCAAAGAAUGAUAGAUAAUAAUGAUAGAAUUUAGCGAAAUAGUAUGGAACCGUUUUUUCGAGAGGUUUGAGGUAGUUGUUAUAAUAGUUAAUAUCUAUCCCAGAUUUUACUUAAAAUGCAGGGGCGGAUCUAGGUUUUUUUAGGAGGGGGUGUAUUCGUCUCUUGCUCUUCUUCAACACCAAUAAACCACAUAGUUUUUUUUUGCAGAAAACCAGUUUUAUUAGAAAACCGCAGGUCAUCUCGGGGGGGGGGGGGCGCACCCCUGCACCCUCCCCCUAGAUCCGCCCCUGAAAUGAUUAUUACUGCCCCCCUUCUUUUUCCAGAAAACCCAACAGAAGGGCGCGACUUUCCAUUGUACACACCUCUCCUAGAUGAUGAGGAUGUACUGACAACAGAUUUCUUAGGUGAGCAAAAGCAAAUCUUUGAUGACGUCAAUGCUUUUUGGUUGUUGUUGUAAUUUAGCAACUUUUAUUAAUUCUUCACACUUAAAUAAUGAAUACAAAAACUAAAAAUUACUUAAAACCGCCACAGAGCCGCAAAACACAAAAUAUCCAAACAUAGUGACGUCAUUGUUGACAUUUAGUUUCUUGAGCGUGCAAAUUUCUUGGAAAAGCGAAAUAGCUAACUAAAAUUGACACUAAACGAGUUGAAAGCAAGGGCUUGUUAAACAUCGUAGCCUGUGCAAUCUUUAGCCCUUUGCAUGUAAUAGUUAAAGAAAUCACCUGGCAAAUGAGCCCAUACCCUCUUAAAAUUAAAUGAUUCAAAAUUUUAAAUAAGGUUUCGAGAGAGCAUUAUGUUAUCUCAGUAUAAGUGGCUGCAAAAGCGAUAGCAUUAAACAGUUCAGAUUUACCGCUUAUUGUUUAUCUUUUACAGUAGUCACAGGCAAUAUCCACUUGUUUUGGAACAACUGUUUUGUAUUUAUUACAGAAAGUUUACGACGGACGCCCACAGACACAUUGGAAAUAAGCGGCAGAACCUCUCGUGGCAUGCGUCGAAGUAGCAUGAAACCAGGUGUCAAGCAUAAAAUGUCUGCGAAUUCCGAAAAACUCAGUCCAACGGGAAAUAAUAACAAUGGAAAUAAACUUCCGGCGAGUAGACGAAAAUCAAGCUCUAAUCGGAGGAGUUAG